AUGGAGAAGCAACAGAACCAGCCCAUCAAGGUCAGCCGGCGUGAUGAAAGCCAUCCUUCCUUCCCUCCGUCCCGAUCCGGGCCUGAUGGGGGCCGUUCAUUAGCGGGGCGAUGGCUUUCGUAUGCAGCUCUGCUGCCUCGCCACCACCUCCGCCGCAUCCCAAUUACCUCGGCUCUAAUUGAUGCUGGAUUUAUUAAACACUCGGACUGUCGUGAUGCCUGGAUGGGAUUUGAUUCCUUUCUGAGAGACAAAGGGGCCACAUUCCUCCACAGGCAGCAGCUGAAGCUGCUGAGCAGCGCGAGCUCAGGAUUCAGGUUUGUUCUCCGCUGUGUGAGGAAGGACGCUGUCCAAUUCAUCUUCUGCUCCUCAACCAAGAAGAUUCCAAUGGGCUGCUUCUCGUUUGUCAAACUGAUGGUGGUUGUUUUCAACCUUCUCAUCUUUCUUAGCGGCGUGGCCCUGCUGGCCAUGGGGAUAUGGGUGACCGCUGACCGCUCCACCUUCCUCCGGUACCUGGGACUGUUCUCCGAUCAGCCCCUGAAGUACGUCAACGUGGGCUAUCUCAUCGUGGUUCUGGCGGGCGUGCUGGUGCUGCUGGGCCUCACGGGCCUCUGCGGAGCCCAGAAGGAGAGCAAGUGUCUGCUGCUGGUGUUCUUCUCCAUCGUCCUCAUCAUCUCUGUGGCUGAGGUGGCAGCUGGAGCUGUGGCGUUGGCCUACAGUUCAUUUGCUGAGAGGAUCCUCAGAGCAUGGGCCGUCCCGGCUUUGCAGAACCACUACGGCACUGAUCCAGAUGUUUCUGACCUGUGGAACGCCACCAUGACACAGAUGAGCUGCUGUGGAUUCUCCAACUACACCGAUUUUCUGGGAUCCAGGUUCGAGGAGCAGAGUGGGGGCAGCCUGCCGGCCAGCUGUUGCCACGCCAACGCCAGCCUGUGCAGGGCGGCAGAAGCUGGACGCCGGCCUGUGCAGGGCUGUCUUCAGGGCAUCCUGGAGAUCCUCACUGUGCACGUUUUCAUCGUGGGGGGCAUCGCAGCGGGAGUCGGGGUGUUGGAGGUGACGGCCAUGACCCUGUCCAUGUACAUGUACUGCCACCUGAAGAACAGAACCACCUGAAGCCGGGAAACACAGUCAGGCCCUUCUGUUUCACCCACUCAGGCUAAACCGGAUUCACUUUCCUUCCGUUUGUUCUAAUGAGCACUAAUCAAGUGGAAACACGUGCCGUUACUUAAUAAAAUGUACCAAAUGUCA